GCACAGCUGUUGACGCCCUCGGCCUUCCAGCCACGGCAGGACGAUAGCAACCCAGAGUCUACAGACAGGCAAGGUGAGGGAACCCCUGUGAGAACCAAAACUAGGAACGAAGUAUUCUCUGGUUCUGCAUGGGAUGCUCUUAAAGUCAGACACAUUCUGCGACGCAAAGUUGGAAAAGGCCUUCCGAACGAGUUGGUGGACAAAAUUAUGGAUGCAGCCGAGUAUUGGGCAUCGGAGAUGGCCUACAUGGCAGUCAUGCCCGAGAGGAGCCGCCAAGGGAAUCGGGUGAUCGUCCGUCAAGAUCAUGAUAUGGUAGUGUUGAAGACAGUCCCCCUCUGCUUUACCAAACAAGGUAAUGACAACGCCUCUGGUCUGACACCACUGCCCUAUCGCGGAACUCAUCCAUGUCGAAAGAUAAUCUUCCAUCUUUCUUCGCAUGACCAAGGCGGUGGCGGUGAUGCCACCGGCCCAGAACUUUACCAGAAGGAAUCAUGGACGUGGUUCGAUACUGAAGUAAUACAUGCGGCCCACAAACGAGGCGCGGCUGAGUGGCUAGAAAAUGAAAAAGGGUUAGUCGCUCAUCAGAUUGGCCCUGGGGCGGGCCCCUUCAUCCUGGACCAAACAGGCUACAGAUCAAUAGGGGGCAACGUGGAGAUCGUCUGGCAUUAUUUGGACGACAUUGAGCCUGACUCCGAAGAAGCUGGCAUUAUCGAACGCACCAAAGGCCGGGGAAGAGAAACGUUGGAUGGACGUGGAGUACGUGAGCUACAGGUGGGGGACGCGAUUGCUGUCUGGGCUCGAGCAAGGUUUCCUAACUGGACAAACAUCGUUUACAAUGCGAGUGCACAAGUAUUCUGGGCGGUCUAG